CUUUAUGUGGCUGGUGAUGCUCCGCCUAGACAACCGAGUCCUCGGCCAAGUUUAUCGGGCGCUAGGCGAAAGUGAUGGCGCCACGGGCUGCUUCCAGGCGAAUCUCCUAGACCAGACUCUCAAGUACACCGAAAUCGUCAGCGGCGAAUUCCCCCCUGUUAAGAAACCACUCGGGUUUGACGACAUAGGCGACUACCCCAUCCCAUAUACACACAUGAUCAAGCUCGUGGACGACGCCACGAAGAAUGCAAUCCGCUGCUGCCGUGGAGAGCCACCCAUCCAUCACCGCACACAGGAAGAAACUCGCCUCGUGUACGACUUUUGCCGGAAUGUUGCCUGCCGAGCCGAGAAGGAAGUCUUCUCCGGUGAGCCAAACGUGCACGAGUUGCAGGAGCAGGCGCGUGCGUUUGCCGCCGAGUGCUAUGCCGGCAUCUUUGGUCUGCAGUCCACAAACCUCACCUCUCUUGUCGAUGUGCGCUCUCGAUCAUUUGCUACACCUGUCGUUCCACGCACUUUCUUCUCCAGCGAUCCCUUGGGGAAGUGUCUCAGGAGCCUCGAGUUGGCGCAGGAGGUGGCUGAUGCCGGGGGACUGCCGGAGUUCCCUCAUCAUGGAGGUCUCGUCGCUCUCUACAACUUUGAAAAGAAACACGCUUACAAGCUGCUGCUAAACUGCCACAAGUACAAGAAAGGAUAUGACGAGCGCAAGCUCUUGUGGUCGUCUUUCGAGAACCAGCAGUUCUACACUGUGGAUGUGCAAGUGCCCGGUCUCACGUCGCUGGAUCAAGUGAGUGUUGUAAAAGAUGGACAGGGCAUGCGUGUUUCCACGGAGAAGGACGUGUUCCGCCCAGAGAGGCUUCCAGUUCCUCCUUACGCCGACGUCGACGGUGCAAUACAUAAUCUCCAGGAUGAGAUUCUCACCAUUCGCCUUCCCAAAGGGGCCUCUGCGCUCAAAUGGACAGCUUCAACUGUGCCAAUUGACGACCUCGACGAGACUGAGCUGAACAAGACCAAGAGGCGAUCCAUCAGGGCAACUACAGCAGAUGACGAGCAUCACCACAUUCUUCGUGUCGAAGUUCCAGGCUUGUCGCGAGAGGAAGUGAUUGUGGACUGUGCAGGGCCGGAACUCAUCGUUAAGACCAGCGGCAACGUCUUCAAGCAAAAGAAGCUUAAGCUUCCCUCUAGUGCUGACUUGAAGCAGGCUAGAGCGUCUUUCCGGAACGGCUUGCUUACCAUUCGCGUUCCCAAGAGUACAGAGCUACAGAGCUAGCUUUUUAGUAGUGCCUACUAUUUAUGUCUGUUCUCUUGUCACUUAUAA